GCGCAGGAUGCCCGCGGCCCCCGGCAGCCCCCCGGGAGGCCCUGAGCUCGAGGCGCCCCCUCUACGCCAUGUCCCCCCCUGGCUCGGCCGCGGGAGAGAGCGCCGGCGGCGGCGGCGGCGGUGGCGGCCCCGGGGUCCCGGAGGAGCCCACGGCGGCGGCGGCGGACGAGGGCCCCGCCCGAGAGGAGCAGCGUCCCAUCCAGCCCUCUUUCACCAAGUCCCUCUGCCGUGAGUCCCACUGGAAGUGCCUGCUGCUCUCACUGCUCAUGUACGGCUGCCUGGGGGCCGUGGCCUGGUGCCACGUCACCACGGUGACCCGCCUCACCUUCAGCAGCGCCUACCAGGGCAACAGCCUCAUGUACCACGACAGCCCCUGCUCCAACGGCUAUGUCUACAUCCCCCUGGCCUUCCUGCUCAUGCUGUACGCCGUCUACCUGGUGGAGUGUUGGCACUGCCAAGCCCGCCAUGAGCUGCAGCACCGUGUUGACGUGAGCAGUGUGCGGGAGCGCGUGGGCCGCAUGCAGCAGGCCACGCCCUGCAUCUGGUGGAAGGCCAUCAGCUACCACUAUGUCCGCCGCACCCGCCAGGUCACCCGGUAUCGCAACGGAGACGCCUACACCACCACCCAGGUCUACCAUGAGCGCGUCAACACGCACGUGGCAGAGGCCGAGUUCGACUACGCGCGCUGCGGCGUCCGCGACGUGUCCAAGGCGCUGGUGGGGUUGGAGGGCGCGCCGGCCACGCGGCUGCGCUUCACCAAGUGCUUCAGCUUCGCCAGCGUGGAGGCCGAGAACGCGUACCUGUGCCAGCGUGCGCGCUUCUUCGCCGAGAACGAGGGCCUGGACGACUACAUGGAGGCGCGCGAGGGCAUGCACCUCAAGAACGUGGACUUCCGCGAGUUCAUGGUGGCCUUCCCGGACCCGGCCAGGCCGCCGUGGUACGCCUGCUCGUCGGCCUUCUGGGCCGCGGCGCUGCUCACGCUGUCGUGGCCGCUGCGCGUGCUGGCCGAGUACCGCACGGCCUACGCGCACUAUCACGUGGAGAAGCUCUUCGGCCUGGAGGGCCCGGGCUCGGCGAGCAGCGCGGGCGGCGGCCUGAGCCCCAGCGACGAGCUGCUGCCGCCGCUCACCCACCGCCUGCCGCGAGUCAACACGGUGGACAGCACGGAGCUCGAGUGGCACAUCCGCUCCAACCAGCAGCUGGUGCCCAGCUACUCGGAGGCGGUGCUCAUGGACCUGGCGGGGCUGGGGGCGCGCUGCGCGGGGGGCGCGGCCGGCGGCUACGCGCCGGCGUGCCGCUACGGCGGGGUGGGCGGCCCGGGCGUGGCGGGCGUGGCCCCGUACCGGCGCAGCUGCGAGCACUGCCAGCGCGCCGUCAGCAGCUCGUCCAUCUUCUCGCGCAGCGCCCUGAGCAUCUGCGCCAGCCCGCGGGCCGGCCCGGGGCCCGGCGGAGGGCCAGGCUGCGCGGGCAGCCGCUUCUCGCUCGGCCGCCUCUACGGCUCGCGGCGCAGCUGCCUGUGGCGCAGCCGGAGCGGGAGCGUCAACGAGGCGAGCUGCCCCACGGAGCAGACGCGGCUGUCGAGCCAGGCCAGCGUGGGGGACGACGAGGACGACGAGGAGGAGGAGGCCGGGCCGCCGCCGCCCUACCACGACGCCCUCUACUUCCCGGUCCUCAUCGUGCACCGGCAGGAGGGGUGUCUGGGCCACAGCCACCGGCCGCUGCACCGCCACGGCUCCUGCGUAGAGACCUCACUGUGACCUCCUGCCCCUGGACAGGUCUGCCGGCCUCCCCCUGCCCCUCGAGGACUGUGCUCCCUGCGUGUAGCAGGGGGAGUCGCCAUGCUGACUGAGGCUGUGCUGGGCACGACGGGGGACGUGGUGGGGGGAGGCGAGGGUGCGCGGGACAGACCCGGAUGGGGGCGCGAGCCCCGCCUUCCUUGUACACAAAGAGAUAGAUGGAGGAGGGUGGGGGUGGGCAGCCCUGAGAGCAUCCCACCCGGCGGAGUCGUCUCUUCCAGCCCCGCUCCUGCGUUCCUAAGGGGACACCUCCCCUUCCUACAGCACACUUGAGGUUUCCCGUCCAGCCUUUCAACGGAUCCUCUGACUGUUAUGUGGUGACUGUGCGGUGGGACCCACGUUGGGCCUCGUCUCAAGUGAGGAGGAAGGUCCUCGCUGUGCAGCUGGGGAGGUUUAGAGGCCGUGGGAAGGGAAAUUGGGGCUUUCCUUCCUCCCUGCCUCGCCCCACUGGGCCCUUUCUCUACUGAGAGGGCAGUGGUUUGCUGAACAGCAGAGCUGGCUUCCAACCAGCUAAUGAAUUCAGUGGGUCUGAGGCCGGGGCCAGGUGUCAGCCCGGCUACUCCAUCUCAAAACCGUGGAAAUGUUGCUAUCCUCUUCUUGGCGCUGGCCCCAAAAACCGGGGUUUCCUUUCUGCCACUCCCUCCGCUGUUGUUUAUCUCGCUGGGCCCCGGGAGUCCGGCUUCUGGAGGGAGUGUGCUCACCACACAGACGUCACUCCCCCCCGCCCUUCCCUCCGUCUCCCUGGCUCUGAAGAGCUGUUACCAGCGGGAGACAGGAGUGGGGAGGCAAAAUGUGGAGGGCAGUGUGUCUCACUCAGUCCCCUCUCUAAACUGCAGCCUCUGGGCAGCAGCCUCCUGCCCUGGGUUCUGGGAGGGCACUCCUUUCAGAGAGGCUGAGAUACCACCCAGACAGGACUCGCUAAAGCUGGCCGAGGUGAAUGACUGAGUGGGGAGGGUGGGAGACAGACCUGGGUGACAACGAGGAACACUGGAAACGGGUGGGAGUCAAAGAGGAGAGGGCAGGGAGGGUAGAGUGGAAGGACCUCCAGAGGUGGGGGUGUCUGUGGGGGGCGGCCCUUGCCUCCCCGAGACUAGUGGGGAGGAGUGGAGAGUGGUGGUCCCCACACAUUGCCUCUGCCGGGCAGAGGAUGGUGUCACAAGCCACACCUGGAGGAAUACUCAAUUCCAGUGGCAGGGUCAGAGGCAGGAGUUCUCUCAAUCUUGCCUGACUCCUCUGUCUUCCCCUAUCCUGUGAGCUGAAGCCCUGCUGUGUGUCCCAGGGUCUUCAUAGGGGCAUCCUGCCACCACCCCAGGGCGCUGGCCCCACGUCCUGUUCCUCUAAAGCUCUCAUGCCGCCCUCUCUCCCCCAUCACUCCCACCCUGAUGUGCUUCCACGUGCAUGUCUGUGUAAAACCCUCCUGCCCUCCCAACUCCCCUGGCUAAAGUUUUCCCAGCAGACUUAGCACCCAGGGAUUGAGCUCACAUUUCAAGCUGGAGAGGAUAACCCUUGGGCCCCCAAGAUAUUGUUCAGCCUGGAUGCUUCUCACUUGACCUGAGCCGACAGAGCUCCUCUUCCUUCCCUCAGCCUCUCCCAUCUUCCUCUAGCCUAGCCAGCCUGCAUCUACUGAGGGCGUGGCCUCCACCUAUGCAACAUCUCCUCUGGCUCCUGUGCCCUCCUUCCCGGGGGCACUUGGGAGGCACAGAUUGUGGGGACACCAUGGCCUGUGGCCAUCAGGGGUUGAGCUUUACUUUGAUGUGGAGAUAGCUGAGUGGAAGGGAAAGGAGGCCGGAGAAGGGGAGUUUGGGCAGGAGGGAACAGCUGCCUAUGAGGUUUCUGGGCAGCAGUGUCCACCUGCCUGCCAGCACUGAACCCGCCUGGACCCUGAGUCUGUGCUCCUCAGGGGCCUGGCGUUUGGAGCACCCCUCUUUCCUCUGAAUGGACAUCUGUGAGGUACAGGUGGUGAGCUGUGGCCUCAGGCCCCACUUCUUGGUCAGCUGGCACCUGGAGGUCAUGCCCUUGUGUGAGGGCAGCCUGGCCACCUCACGUCUCCAAGGAGGGAGGAACUCAGCUUCUCCUCCCUCAGGCCCAUUCCUGGGACAGCCUGAGUUGGGAGGAGGGGAAGGGGGACACCUAUUAUUAUUUUUGCCUGUAUUGACCAUUUCUGCCUAGGUCUUCUCACACAGACAGCCUCACCUCCCACACACGCACAGACUUAGAGAGAAACCACUUCUUUGGUCUAUUUUCUUGAUAGCUGUAUUGAUUGCCAGGGAAAAAUGAAAACCAGAAAAUUAAUUAAUCUCUAAAAUUAAACUUUACACUGAAUGUUCUUGUUUCUCUAAUUAGAACCUCUGCUAGCAGCUGUGGCUAUGUACGUACACACUCACACACUCACACCCUCACACCUACACGUUAGCACUCUGGAACUGUCAGAGGGUGUCAGGCACACACAGACUCUAGGUGGCCCGGACAGGCACAUACGUGCAGUCACUCCCAAGCCCCCUUUGGUGCUCUGCUCAGCGCCUGCUCAUUGGAAGGAGUCCCUGGAUAGCAGGCGCCCCUAAGCUGUGGUUGCAGCCCAUGACCCACCCUUUGGAAACAUGGGUUUGGAGGUUCUGGGCUGCUCAGCGCAAGGAGCAUGGAAGAUGGGGCUCCGCGUGAAUCCAUUAGUCAGUCUUCGUGGCCCUAUGGGUUGAUGUGAUUCCUGUGAGUGUGGCCCCAGGGUGGGCAGCUGCAGAGUGACGGGGACUUGUGGAGGGUACCUGGAAAGCUCCAUGUGUCCUGGGGACAAGGGCUUGUGGGGUGGGCUGGGCCUGGCUGGGGAGAAGACAGGUCUCUGUCAAUUGGGUGCAUCACACUGUGGCCUUUCUGUCGUGGAUUUCCAAGCGCAAAGAUUGUACAAAUCAAACUGGUGGAUAAUAAAGUUGCGGAUGACUCACCAACUUCCCUUCCCAGUGUGGCACUUCCCCCACCAUCUCCUGGGAAGCUCUUUGCGGGGGCCACUGGGUCUGAGCUCCUCCUGUCACCUUGUUUCUCCCUUCCCAGAUUGGGAGAGAGGAUUAGGGGAUGGCAUGGCCAGCAGAACUGGAUCACUUAAGCAGAGUCAAGUAAUAGGGAGGUGGCAUCUGCAGGGGUGAGGGUGGAAGAGCCAGGCGAAACUCUGCUGUAGCCAGAGGAUGGAGAGAGAGUGUAGAGACAGAGAGUGUGUGUGUGUUUGAAGGUCAAGAGGUUAAGGAUCUGUUCAGGAGAAAGGAAAAUGGUAGGGAGGGUGGUCAGGGAGAUGGGUGGCCCUCGUGGGAGAGUCUGGGCGGAUGCAGUCCCUCAGAGUCCUCUCUGCUUUCCCUAUUCCUGGAGGAAGUUGGUCAUUUCAGGGGGUCCAGUAAUACCCUCUCCCUGUGUAUGGGGGCUGGGUCCCACUUCAUACCCCUUCUUCCCCUAUUCCAGGCCCCUCCCCCUCCUCACAUCUUUAUCCACACAACCCUUGAUCACUCACCCCAGCAUAUUCGUGGUCUCCUCCUCCCCCUCCCUCUGGACCAGUGGGAUAGUCUGCAGCAGGCAGGGCAGGCGCACAAAGUGAGCGAUGGGGCACUGCCCCAGCCCUGUCCCCCAUAUUAUCCCACAGGGUUCUCAGGGCCCUUGGCAGUGAUUGGCGACAUGAAGUGGCUGGGAUUCAAGGCCCGUUGGCGGGCUGCUUCACGGUUGGCACAGAGGGCCUGGCCAAUGAGGUACUCGCUCUCCUGGGAUACGUCUGACAGGCGCAAGUCAAACUCCAGGAGGGUCCUGUUGUCUGACAUGCCUUCCAGGAGCUGCUUCCCGCCAUCCUGGGAGAGGAGUACAAGGGAAGGGGUCAUUUUACAGUACUGCCCAGGAUCACACACACAUACACAUAUUUAUGUAUAGAUGUGACUGAAACAAAAGUUUCACAAAACAAUACUUAACCUAUUUGUGAGCACACUGGCGUUUUCUAUUCUAUGCUAUCCUAGUCUAUUCUAUUCCAUAAGAAAAUGGUGCUCAAAACUCACUAAAUUGAUUUUUCAACCCCAAUGGUUUGAAAAACAUGGCUCUGUGGCAGCGAUGGUAAUCCCAUUCCUCCAGUUCAGCCACGGGCAUGUGAGACAAAUCUGGCUAAUGAGAUGUGAGGAGGAAGUCUGGAGGGAGUGACUUCUGGGAAGGUUCUCCUCACUCUGAAAAAAGAACAAACGAGAGGGGUGUUCUCCUUUUUUCUGCCUCUGAGCAUGGCCCUCUGUGAGGGGUAGCAGCCAUCUUGGCACCAUGAGAGGAGCACCAGAGAGGCCAUGGCCAUGUGGCGAGAGAAGGGCCCUGAGCCAAGGAAUUCACCA